UGUGUGUAGCUAAAAUCAUAAAUGCUGGUAGAAUGACAAUCGGUAAAAUAAAAUUGCCGUUUUAUUACAGCACGACUCUUUCACUUCUUUAAAAUACACCUUGGAAAGAGGAACGAUUUUGACAACUAGCAACUCCUGGAAUGAAAUUAUUGGCUUAGGCUUGCAGAGCAACGACGUCUUUAAAAGAGAACAAUUAAAGGGUCAGGUGCAGUAGAAAACAGAGUCCAAAAAGCAAUUUACAACAAAACAUAGGAAAAAUGAGCCAGGAAUCAGACAGUCCUUUGAAAGAGUUCUUGCCUCUUAUGUGCCAUACAUUACCGGAAAAACUGCGGCUGAAAGCGAAGAAAGAAUUGAACGAGACAGAAGAAAAUUUCCGACGAGGAAUACAACAUCUCAAGGACUUCAUUCUAAGAAAGGAACUUCCAUCGUUUAACGAUGACGUCCUUCUGGCUUUUCUGAGAGGUGCAAAAUUCGAUAUGAAGAAAUGCGAGGACCGCUACAAAAGAUAUAUUUCUAUGCGCUAUAAAAUAGCGGAUUUGGUGCAUAGACUGGACGAAGACAAGAUUCGGAGUAUUCUCGAUUCAGCAGUGCUUAACUUGUUGCCUUAUAGGGAUAGCGAAGGAAGAGUCAUCAUAUGCUCAGUUGCCAAAGCAUAUGAUGAAACCGUGGCCACCGUUGAUGAACUCUCUGUUUGUCUCUUAUGCUUUCUUGAGUUUGCCAUGAAGUUUCCGGCUACUACAGUGAGUGGUUUCAACUACAUAACGUGCGCUAGAAUUCAGCAAUUCCGAUAUUUGUACGACUUCUUCAGAGGUUACAGGCUGUAUUUACCAUUUUUGCUGUCAGUGCCUGUCCGACUACAUCGAUUUGAAAUUAUCAACGAAAACACCCUUGUUCGAUGGUUUUACAACAUCCUGAGCCGAAUUCUACCUUCAAAAACAGUGAAAAAAAUCCAUAUGCACGGAGAGUUGAAAGGUGAAACUAUGGCAUCCUUACUCAAAAUUUACAACGUGUCCUUGCUACCCCAAGAAUUUGGGGGCACCCUGGGGCCCAUAAACAAUGAUUUCUACAAACAACCUUUUCUGAAAUUCAUGGAAAACAUGAGAUCUGAUAAUGCCCGCUUCUUAAAAGGACGCAAAACUUCCUUCGACCUUUCCAGUCUCAAAGAAGAUUUAACAUCAGAUGUACCGGGACAUAUAUAUGAAGGUUCCUCGAUAGAUUAAGUUUAACCUAAUUUAAGCCUAACAACCCAACACAUAACCGAAUUAAAUAUGAUUGCCAACUUUUAAGAAGAAGCAUGUUUAACAAAUGGUUGAAAAAAGGAUUUAAGAUACAAAGUAAAAAAUGUGCUGGAUUUUGGGAAGACUUCCAGUACAGCAAUCGCAAAAAUUUAGAAGAAUGUUCCCUUUGAUUUUGAUCAGAACAUAUAUACUAUGCAUACGUACCAAAUUUGUAUCAGGACAUACAUAUCAAACACACGUGUCAUACAUAUCAAACACACGUGUCAUAUAUGUUUCAAAUUUUGAAUACCAGAUGAAAUUAUGUGUAUAAAUGUAACCCCAUCCUGA